CUCUGGUGCUGAUGUAUGGUGUACUCUGAUGCUGAUGUGUGCUGGUGGGGUCUCCUGCAGGCGGUGUCUGCGUUCGCUCCCAUCUGUAACCCGGUGCAGUGUCCCUGGGGACAGAAGGCUUUCUCUGGGUACCUGGGCUCCGACAGGGCCACCUGGGAGGCGUACGAUGCCACGCUGUUGGCGGCGUCCUACUCCGGCCCGCAGCUGGACGUCCUGAUUGAUCAGGGCCGAGACGACCAGUUCCUGUCGGCCAGCCAGCUGCUGCCAGACAACCUGAUCGCCGUCUGCUCCGAGAAGAAGAUCCCCGUCGUGUUCAGACUGCAGCCGGGCUACGACCACAGCUACUUCUUCAUCUACUCGUUCAUGAACGACCACAUCAAGCACCACGCCAAGUUCCUCAACGCCUGAACCGCCACCACAGAAGAAGACCGCUCUGCCGUCGGUCACAUGUUGCCUGGUUACCAAAUUCUAUAUUUUAUCAAGUAAUUUGAACAGCACUUAACCUGAAGCCUCGAAUAAAAAACAGAAGCGCAUUUCAUUGGUUGUGUUUUGGGUAAUUGAGCGACAGGAAAGGAGGAAAAGGUUCCAGCGUCCCGGUACUGAUCUUGUGUAAAGUCGCAGCUGUAUUUUUCACAAUAAAAGCCCCAGCUGUUCAUUCUU